UGCUAACGCUAACUUAGAUUACAACAUAUUCGAACAAAGAUCUCGGGUAGUAACUAAUAUUUAGAAUUUAAUUAAUUAGCAAUGAGCAAGAGGAAAGCCCCCCAGGAAUCCCCCAAUGAGGGAAUUACAGACUUUCUUGUUGAGCUGGCCAACUAUGAGAAAAAUGUCAACAGAGCCAUACACAAGUACAAUGCAUACAGGAAAGCUGCAUCCACCAUUUCUAAAUAUCCCAACAAGAUCCGGAAUGGUGAAGAGGCCAAAAAGCUGGAUGGUGUUGGUGCUAAAAUAGCUGAAAAGAUUGACGAGUUCCUACAGACAGGCAAACUACGGAAACUGGAAAAGAUUCGAAAUGAUGACACAAGCACUUCCAUCAAUCUCCUCACCAGAGUGACAGGAAUCGGCCCUGCUGCAGCCAGGAAAUUUUUUGAAGAAGGGGUCAAGACUUUAGAAGAUCUGAAAAAGAUUGAGCACAAGCUGAAUCAUCAUCAACAGAUUGGACUCAAGUACUUUGAAGAGUUUGAGAAAAGGAUCCCUCGUGCUGAAAUGGAAAAGAUGGAGACCCUGAUUCUUGGAGAGUUGCAGAAAAUUGACCCUGAAUACAUCGGAACAAUCUGUGGUAGUUACAGGAGAGGAGCUGCCUCGAGUGGUGAUAUUGAUAUUUUGCUGACUCACCCAGACUUUACGUCUCAGACUGAGAAGCAGCCCAAACUCCUCCAUGCUGUGGUCGAUCAUUUUGAAAGCCUGGGUUUUGUGACAGACACUCUGUCUAAAGGUGACACCAAGUUCAUGGGUGUCUGCCAACUGCAGCAGAGUGAUGAAGAUGAGGAGGAAUACCUCCACAGACGUAUUGAUAUCAGGUUAAUUCCCAAGGACCAGUACUACUGUGGAGUCCUGUAUUUCACUGGAAGUGAUAUCUUCAACAAGAAUAUGAGAACUCACGCUCUGGAGAAGGGAUUCACUCUUAAUGAAUACACCAUAAGACCAAUCGGGGUCACCGGUGUGGCAGGAGAGCCUCUUUUUGUGGACAGUGAGAGAGACAUCUUUGAAUAUAUUGAUUACAGAUACAGAGAGCCAAAGGAACGCAGCGAGUGAUCGGGCGAACGUGCUUCCUGUUUUUACGGCUAAAACUUGAGUAGAGUUAGAAUCAGAACUAUGUGUAACAUGUAUCACUUUUAUGGUAUUGAAAAAAAACAACUAUGAAAACGUUUUUACCUGCCUUAUCCUGGUGAUGCAAAUCAGUGUUUGCCAGACUUUUUAUCUGGGGACCCAUAUUUUAAAAGUCACAAACCUUCGAGACCCAAGUUAGACAUUAUUCGUAAACUCAUGGGAAACAUGAUGUGAGAUGACCCAAAAAAAAAAUUUCUUGGGACCCAGUCUUUGGGAAACAAUGAUGUAAACUCUGUGUGCUCCCCAAUAUUUUUUAAACAUUUAAAAAAAAGUCUCCCAUGAUAUGUGACAAAAAACGUUUAAAUAAUUUAAUUCUUGGCUUAACGCCAUUGCAUUUAAUAGUUGAUAUUUCAGGAACGUCUCGGAACAAAAUCAUGGCCUAUGUGUCUCCUGUUACCGCUGCUUCUCAUCUAUCACUAGCAUGAUUCUCCCCACCGCUGUCAUGACAGCUGGGAUCGUUCAUAAACAUUUUUAGUUACAUGACAGACUCCCUCACUGAUUAAUGAUGGAUAAAUAAUAAAGUCUUAAAUAAUGGUUCUAGUAUCUUGACCUAUAGUGUUUUACCAUUUUUUCCCCUCUGAUUUGAUUUUAUUCAUAUUGACAUUGAUGUGAACAGUAGCUGCUGACAACAGGCUCAGUUUUCACUGAAAAAUAUUUUAGACAAAUCUAAAAAUGCCCUUUUUAGUAUUUACUGUUUAGAAUGACUGUUACAAAUUAUUUAUCAUGUGCGAUUGUGUGGAGAGGGUGUGAACUGCAUGUUGAGCGCUCACAACAGGGCAUUUAGGAGUAGAGGUAUAUAAAUGUAACACGUAGUUAACUGUGAGGAAGCUAGUGUAAGCUACAAAACUUGGAGCUGUAGUUUUAAGAAUAGUCUGUUUGGUGUUUAAAUGCAAAUGAAAAAAAAAAAAUUCAAAAGUUGUUUUUUUUUAAAGAUACCUGUUAUUCCUGUGUGAAAUGUGUCAAAUAAAUGGGUGGGGAAGGAAA